UCCUGGAGUAGAACACGGAAGUAGGAUUGGAGACGAAUUUGUUUUGAUUUUGAACAUUCAUUCUGUUGACUAAAUAAAUCCCAACUGAUUCAGUUGAAUUUGCAACGCAAAACUAAUUUGAUAGAAAAUGUCUAAACUAGAGUUCUUGCGUGUGUUUUUGAAUGAGCGUUUAACGGCUGCUGCUGUGGAGAUUUUCGGGGCAGUUGAGGAAACGGUAGUGGGGUACCAGGAGGAGAAUGAUCGGCUACGGAGACUGCUGUGUAUCACACCAAAGAUAACAUGUAUAGACUCCCUGCCGCUCUCUCCCAUAGUUUAUGAAGAGAAGUCUCCCCCUGAGCAGCAGCACUGUGAGCAGGAGUGGAGCCCCAGUCUGGGGCAGGAGGACCCAGGGCACACACAGAUUAAAGAGGAACAGGAGGAACUCGGCACCAGUCAGGAGGAAGAGCAGCUUCAAAGGCUGGAGGCUGAUAUCAUAGAGUUUAAAUUCACUCCUUUCUGUGUGAAAAGUGAAUGGGAUCAGGAAGACCCACUUUGGUCCUUGACUCUUCCCCAAACCCAGACUGUGGAGAACAGAGACAGUGACUCUAAACUAGUGGAUUCUAAUCCUUUUGGCACUGUGACCAACCUAAAGUGUCUCGAGAAUCCCUGUGACCCUCCAUUUAAUCAAAACAAUGACUCCAGCUAUUUCUCAAUUGUAAGCCGCAACCCAGUAGGACUUGACAUUAGCCCACCAUUGGGGGAACACUGUUCCAAACCCACCACCAUGUCUAAAAUAACUCACCGCUGCUGUGACUGUGGUGAAACAUUUGCUCAGAAAGCUGACCUACAGAGGCAUGUUACUCUCCCAGAGAAGAGACCCAGUGAAUGCCGCUUCUGCAAAACAAACUACAACUCCACCUGUAAACUGGAGGCACAUGUCCGACUCUGUCAUGGUGGGAAACCCUACACCUGUCCUGUUUGUGGCGAGACCUUCAAAGUGAAAGGAGAUCUUUCCAAACACACGAUGAUUCACACAGACGAGAAACCAUUUAGCUGUAGCUGUGAUGACUCUGGGAAGAGCUUCAAUCUCAAGGAACACUUAACCAUAGAUAUUCUGACCGGCACUGGAAAUAAACCAUUUAGCUGUGGUGUCUGUGGAAAAGGCUUUAGUCAGAAGGGUUCCCUUAAGAAGCAUAUAUUUACUCACACGGGAGAGAAACGAUUUACCUGUAGUGACUGUGGGAAAGGCUUCCAUCAGAAGUGGACCCUAUCUGAACAUAUACGUACUCACACAGGAGAGAAGCCAUUUAGCUGUGGUGACUGUGGGAAAAGCUUCAAUUUGAAGGGGAACCUAAGGAAGCAUAAACUGACUCACACAGGAGAUAAACCAUUCAGUUGUGGUGACUGUGGGAAAAGUUUCAAUUUGAAGGGGAACCUAAGGAAGCAUAAACUCACUCACACAGGAGAGAAACCGUUUAGCUGUUGUGACUGUGGGAAGAGCUUCAAUCUGAAGCAACACCUAAACAUGCAUAAAUUGACUCACACAGGAGAGAAACCAUUUAGCUGUGGUGACUGUGGGAAAAGCUUCACUCAAAAGUCUAGCCUGCUGACACAUGUGAAAACAAUCCACAAAGGAAUAAAACUGGAUGAAAAUUGAUAGAGGCAAUUCAAUUAUGACAAAUAGAUAUUAUGUAAGAAGAAGGAAAUUAAAGGGUAGGAUGUGGACAUCACUCAUAGGGGGGGGGGGGACUGAAGAAAACAACUCUGGAUUAUUCAUAUUCAUAUAGAUGUGUGAAUAAUUUACUUUUGUAAAUAAAGUUAGAUUUUAUUUGAAUGAUGAACAGAGUAUUUUAGGAAACACACAGACCUGCUGUUCAAAGUCUGUUGAUGUUUUCACGGCAUUAGAAACAGGAAUUCCUCUUAGUUUGUUUUGGAAUUUCUCUCAGGGCGAUGAGAAAAUGGUCUGACUGAUGUUAUUUGUACAUAAACAAAUACAUUUAAAAAAAGGUA